AUGAAUUCUUUGUUUUUAGCUAUGCGUCGUGAACAUUAUUUACUUGUUAAUGGUUAUUCAACAAAUUACUGGGGUUGGGGUGGUGAAGAUGAUGAUAUGUAUAAACGUAUUACUAAUAAACAGUUAGUUCUUGAUCGACCACCUGCAUCAUUAGCACGUUAUAAAAUGUUAAAACAUGUUCAUCAAAAAUUGAAUCCAUCUCGAAUGAAAGUUUUACGAACAGCACAUAAUCGUAUUGAUUCUGAUGGUGUUAAUAACGUGAUAUAUACAUUACUUAAUAGAAGUUCCUAUCAUCUGUAUACUCAUAUGUUAAUUGAUGUUGGUCAACAACCAACGUCAUAA